AUUUAUUGAAUGAGAUAGCAAUAGCUACAAUUUUUUAUUAAAUUGUUGUACAUCAAUACUCCGUUCUAUUUGUUUUCGUGAAUACUAGAAGGCGUAUUUUCACGUUCAAACACCCCCAUUAGCUGUAUGGUUCAGCUCGUCUUCAGAGUUUCUUGUUGCGGGGCUUUCUUCUCAUCAUCCUGUCUUUCUGCUUUUGCAGUUUCUUGCUUAAGCAACACUUACAAUUCAGAAAGUAGCCCACAACAGCGACAUGGCAGCCACCGCGACACCUCCCCGAACACCUCGGAAGGAUGAAGUCAACUAUGGGUUACAUUUCAGAAUGAUAAACGAGCAACAAGUGGACGACAUCUCCAUGGACUUCUUCUACAAGCCACACACCAUCACACUCCUCACAGUCACUGUGCUCAGCCUCAUGUACUUCGCGUUUACCAGGGAUGAUGAAAACUCUGAUAACAAUCUUCGAGUUGGUCUGUUGGUGGUGGUGUCCUUCUUCUUGGUCAUCAGUGUCCUGGCUUUUCCAAAUGGUCCUUUCACCAGGCCUCACCCUGCAGUGUGGCGAGUGGUGUUUGGUCUCAGUGUUAUGUACUUCCUGUUUCUCGUCUUCCUCAUCUUCCUCAACUGGGACCAGGUGAAGCUAUUGAUGUACUGGGUGGACCCCAACCUGCGCAAUGCCACACGGGAAGCAGAUAUCAUGGAAUAUGCUGUAAACUGUACAGUGAUUACAUGGGAGCGGAUCUUGAGCCACUUCGACAUCUUUGCAUUUGGCCACUUUGCAGGCUGGGCCAUGAAGGCACUGCUCAUCCGCAGCUACGGCCUCUGUUGGACCAUCAGCAUCACCUGGGAACUAACUGAGCUGUUCUUCAUGCACCUGCUGCCAAACUUUGCGGAGUGCUGGUGGGAUCAGGUGAUACUCGACAUACUGUUGUGUAACGGAGGAGGCAUCUGGCUAGGGAUGACUGCCUGUCGGUUUUUGGAAAUGAGGACCUACCGCUGGGCCAGCAUCAAGGAAAUCCACAGCACUACAGGGAAGAUAAAGCGAGCCGUGCUCCAGUUCACCCCAGCCAGCUGGACGUAUGUGCGCUGGUUUGACCCGAAGUCGUCCUUCCAGAGGCUAGCAGGCAUCUAUCUCUUUAUGAUCUUGUGGCAGCUGACAGAGUUGAACACGUUCUUUCUCAAGCACAUCUUCGUCUUCCAGGCGUCUCACCCUCUCAGCUGGUGUCGUAUCCUCCUUGUUGGAGUCAUCACUGCACCCACUGUUAGACAAUAUUAUGCAUACCUGACAGACACCCAGUGUAAACGAGUUGGCACGCAAUGCUGGGUGUUUGGGGCCAUUGCUUUCCUCGAGGCGCUUGCUUGUGUGAAAUUCGGUCAUGACUUAUUUUCCAAGACACAAAUUCGCUAUGUACUCCUGUGGCUGCUUUGUCUGGCACUCAUCACACUUCUCUGUUUAUAUGGCAUGAUGUGGUAUGAGCAAAGCAAAAUUAAGAGAACCUCUGUGGAAAAUGAGGACUAUGAUGACAGCAGUGUUGUCAGCUCAUGUGGUUUUGUCCCAGACAACGUCACAGCUCAGAGGGAUUCCUUGAGAAGUUUACAACCUACAAAGCGGAGGAGAGCUUCUGGGAAGAACAGAUUUAUGAAUGGCCAUGGAGGAAAGAGACAAUGAACAACUCUGAGUACUUGUUUGGUCUGUGAAAGGGUGAAGGAUUCUCUCUAGAAAGCAUCCAACAAGGGGAAUACACUAUGCACUUAAAUGUGUUGAAUAAUUAAUAGUUUGAUCAAGGGUUUUAUAAAUCCUAUGGGGCAGAAAUAAGACUUUAAAACACAGUCACAUUGUACCAUUUGAACUUAGCCUCAACUUGGGUAGUAGCAGAUCUUAAAUCCUGCAUGACUAUAAGGAAAAAUUGGCUAUGUAUAUAAAGUGGUAAGAGACCCCCUCUUAAAAACCCCCCUCAUAGUGUUUCCACGUGGGAUUACUGGUGGCGCCACAGUCAAAAGGAAACAGAUUUGACACAACACUGGAGCGCUUUCAUCAAAGUGAAUACCCGUCCGUUAACUUUUGUUUUACCUCAGUUUCUAUUCCUCUCCCUCGUCACCUUCUUUGCCUCUUCCAUCAGUGGGGUAUUUUUCUUUUGCAGUGUAGGGUUUUCACAGUUCCAGUUAUUCCACUGUUACCUGGGUAUGGUGAUACAGGAAAAACAACGUCUCUUCCUAUUUUGGUUGCACAAUGGCAGACAGACUUUCUUUAGGGCGUAAUUCAUCCUUCAUGUCUUGUGAGCCUGGUGGCACCAAUUGGCAUAGUGAAAGUAAGGUUUAUAGGGAACCAAACUAUACAAGGAUGGUGACAUUGGUAUUACUCAAAAAAUCUGUCUAUUGCCAGUUUAAUGUAAAAGAUUUAAAUAACAAGGAUUAUGUCCUGAAUUUUGGAAGAAGAGAUUGCUUUAUUUGCACUGUACAAGCUAGCAUCUUUUCUAUCAUAAACUACUGAGUAAUGUUUGGUUCUUUGUAAUAUGGCACAGGUGUGUCUGGUUAGGGGUGAAGCAGCUUUAUCAGAGUGGUCAGGUUUGCAUAUAUAGUAUGUAUAUGCCACAGGCACUAUUAUUUUUGCACUUAACCACGUGUUUAUGAAUAUUUCUCUGUGCUAAUUUUACUACACUUACUACUUAAUUUAAGAUUACAAUUAUUGUUGUUUCUAAGUCAAUUGAGAUUAUAACAAUUUGUUGCCUUAAAAUAUUUGUAUUGUGAAAUAACUGCCAAAAGUGACCACAUUUGUACUUAGUUAUGAUACAGUACAGUACAGCUUUUCAAUCGAAAUUUCAUCAUCAGGAAAGAUGUGUUUUUUGUACUUGAAAUGAGAGCAGCCAAGAGUUACUGAACCAAAUGUAGCUUUUAUGUGCUACACAAACCUUCUUUUAGCUUUCAGAAGUGUGGUUACUGAAACCGUUUAUAUGUCAUUUUUGUAAUGUUUGUAUUUGUUUGUAAUUAUAGAUGGAAGUAUGUGUGAGAAGCUUACUGACAGAGAAUACUGUGACAUUCAAUGCAAUAGCACUGUCAUUCACUGUGACAUUCAAAAGCAGAGGAUAAUCACGUGUGAAGUGAUCAUUUUUUGUGAUCUAAAUGAAUGAAAUGUAAAGUUAAUACAAAACAGUUGCUGGUCCAUAUAAGCUGUUUUUAAUAUUGUUGAAUUAUGCAAUAUAGAGUCAUAUUUAGUGUGAGUGUUAGAACAUGUUUGCUUCAUUGAACUUGUAUUGAUGAAACCUUUUUUGGCACUAGUCUUCCUCACUGAUUCCAGUCUUUUGAUCAUCUGCAAUGCUUUAAAUGUUAGACCACACUGUAUUUAAAACAAAUGUUUCUUAAUCAUGGCAUCCAAUGCACUGCUUGCUCUAACUGAUUUGUGAUCCUAUAUGGAUGGGUUUGUUUGUUUGUUUUUUUACACUUAAUUAAAUGAUCACAUAUCAUUGA